ACCGUCGAAAAGAAGCAAGCAAGGACGACCGUGCGGAGGUGGCGCGAAAUCGGCGGCCUGACCACAGCCAAGAUCGAGUGACGUCAAAGCUUUUCGCUGGAAGCUCGGAAAGGAGGGGAGGAGAAGGAAGGAUGCGACCGGAUCGCUUUGCGCCUGCUGGAACCGUUAAAUAUAGCCGGAAGAAUUUCCCUGGCAUUCGCGCGCCCCACCUCGUCCGCUUUGCUCGAUUUUCCUAGGCCGCGAUUUAUGCGAAACGAGUGCGUUUCAACCCCUCUUUCUCUUCCUCGUCAUCGUCCACGCUGGUGGAACGUCUACACCACGUAUCGAAUCAGUACGAUUCUACUCGCAACGCUCGAUCCUCUCCUCUCUUCGAGAUCUCUCAAAGGGUGGAAAAAAUGCUGAUCACCAAGUACACCACCAUUUUGCUCCAGUCCACCAAUCAGCACAUUCUCAGGAGCGAUGUCUUCCUGGAACCGUAUCUGCAGCAGCACGGAACCGUUCAGGUCGUCAGCUCGCCGAGCACGCCUCCGCCGAACCCGCUGCAGCAUCAUCAGCUCACCCAGCUGCACCAUGUUCAGAGCGAGGAGUCGCUUUCCUCGGAAGGGUCGGCCACCUCGGGUGGAUCUUCGAGCUCGACGGAAGAUUCUGGCAGCGAGGUCGCGUGCGACAUCACUCUGAUCGAGAGGCUUAUACGCUCCCAUCCGAUCUGGUUCCUUCCUGGCAUCCAAAGAGCAGGAGCUUUCCACUUGUUGCAAGGCAAAGAGGAAGGGAACUUCGUGGUCCGGCAGUCGAGUCAGAGCGACACGAUGGCCCUGUCCGUGCGACUGCCACCGGGAAAGGGACCGUACAUCGAGCACUACCUGAUCCAAGCCAACAAGGGGAAGCUGAGCUUGGAGACUAGCGAGAACAGGUUCGACAACAUCCCCUCGUUGAUCGCCCACUAUUCUCAGUGCUGUGACGAAUUGCCGGUCCAAUUGACACUGCCAAGGGCGAUGCGCGAGGCCAAGAAUAGGCAACAGCUCUCCUCGUUGGCGCUUCUGGGUCAGGAAUUCUGGAGAUACCCGAUGGCGAAUCCAAAGCCACCGGAGAGCAGCAGCAGCAACACGUCUAGCUUGAGUAGCUUUCGAGGCGGUAACAACAAUUUGAACAAUAACAAUAAUAACAUUCACACUCCAACGACGGAGAGUAUCGUGCUAAAUUUAGCGCCCAUUUCAUCGCACGAAACACGAGGCUCGUCACCUACAGCAGCUCUGACGACCACGACGACGACGUUUGCGUCCUCGUUGCCUCGGCAACCUCGGCCAACACCACCGAACACCCUUAACCUGACAACCUUCAACGAGCCCCUGGAUCUGAAGAAAGAGAAACUCUCGCCAGCCGACAAAUUAUCCCAGAAACUGAUCUCCCCCAACCUGGUUCAAAGCGUGAGAUGUCCCUCCCCUGUGGUACACAACGUGGAAAGUAACGUGCUUAGCCCGGUCCAGGAUACGAAAGUCAGCUUCGAGGCGAAAAGCAUGGCGGAGACGUCGAAAUCGACGGUUGUCGAACUGUCCAGGACCAAAUUCUCCUCCGUUACCACCUCCAUAUCGAAUUUUCACCAAAACGUAUCGACCUUCAACAAUUUCUCCUGCACCACGUCGCCCGUGCUGCCUGAAAUCAGGAACAUUAUAGCGGAGAACCAUUCGUUGGGGCAGAACGUGAAGACGCCUCCGCCGCCGCCCCCGAGAUGGGCGAAGCCCGGAAUCGGACAAAAUCAAAAUAACUUCAGCGUCACUGCUACGGUGACGUUCAAUCUGAAUCACACGAACGACGUCAGCAGUUCGCAGAACACUCCAUCGGAUCCCAACACGUCUCUACUGAGCCCGCAGAGCGCCACAUCGAACAAAUCCCUAAUAUCGAACUUCUCCGUGAAGUCACCCCUGUCGCCGACGACUCCCGUGCUCUCUCCAAUGUCGAAGCUAGUCCCAAACACAGGCGUGAAGACGCCCAACGUUCUCUCGCCGACCACGCCCUCCAGCACGAGCAAGUCGAAGCGGAGGCGGGACAGGGAAGCGCGAAAGAACUCGCAACACUAUCAGGAAUCCGACAUCCUCGAGUCCUAUUAUCGAAGCUCGCCUGGAGACAAGAUAUCGGAUUACGAGGACAUCUGGAACACCACCGACCAGUCGAACCAUUCCACCUGGUCGCCGAACGACAAGUUGGCGAGGAACGAUGGACCCGCGAAUCCUCAAGAUCGAUUGAGAAAUUCGAACGACCGGCUGAUGGUCCCGGACAGGGUUGUAAACUCAGCCGAGAGAAAUUUCAACGAGCUACGACCGGCUACGAAUGAACAGUUGAUAGUGAGGAACGACAGGAUGAUCGUGAGGAACGACAAGUCGAUCGGGAACGAGAAGUUGAGUUACAAGGAGAUGACCAGCCCCGAGUUUAGCAGCUUUAAACCUGUCCAGGAGGCGAAGUUCGUGGAGCAGAGCAACGGAUCGCCGGAGGAAACGGGAAUGGGAAGGAGACCUGACCUGUUGUCUCGUGUUUCAGGCAGCGCGAAUUCCUUGAACAGUCCCAGUACGGUAACGCCACCCAGGAAUAAACUAGGUUUAAUGCUGGCCAAGUCGGAGAGCAACAGCCCGUUGACACCGGAAUCGAAGCAAGGUAGCCCGUUUUAUGCGGAACCAGCUGACGCCAUCGCGCAAAACGCAGCGAUAAUACCGAGAAGGCGGCCUAGGAACAAUCCAGCCACGAAUAAGUAUCGACACAGCGAACCAGGGUGGCUGCAGACGCCCGCAGGCGCAAAUUCUAAUCAACUGCAUCCGAUCGACUGGGAGGAACCGGAGGAAACGGAGGACAAGACGCCUUUGAUCUCUUCUUCCGUCGAUAACCUGGCCAAACGGCUCGGUACUAAAGAGACGAAAAAGAUUCCACGUGCCAAGCCUGUGCAACCACCAAAGAUCAGGACCAAGGUGUUCAACGAUACUUCCUGGGCUGUGGAUUCCAGCUGGGAAUUUAUCGGCAACGAAGGGGACGAUUGCGAACCUGACUAUGACUGUGAUGCGGAUUACGAGGGUGAUAACGUGGCCAGAAAGUUUCCGGACGAGGAGUGUGAUAGGGACGUUGUUGGGAACACUUUAACCGUUCAGAGUAUCAUCCUCCAACGGUACCCAGAGUUGUUGAAACCGCCGGACACGUCGGAGUCGCUUUACAGCGACAGGAACUCCUCGUACGACAACGUGGAGAAGAGGAACGUGGAGAGGGAAGAGGCUGGAGACAGCAGAAAGGACCAAAUCUAUGACUCCUCCGAAUGGGAGACGCCAUUGGAGACAGACGAAAGUGACGUGGAGAGGAUGAAGAGGAACAAGAGCUUCAAAGAGCGUUUGGAUCCCCUUCUCUCCCCUCCAAGAUUGCAAGCCCUUAGAAACCGUGACAAUGGAGGUACAGGCUCGAGCAUAAGGUCAUACGCCCUUCAAUUAGCAGCGGACAAGACGACCACAUUCUCCCAAAACAUUGACAAUUUUAUCCAAUGCACGAAGGAAGGGAAAGAAGCCAGCCCACACGUGGUGAUGAGAAACAUGCGACAAUUUAUGUCUGGAAUGAAGAACUACUUGGUGAAACAUGGUGAAAGAGAAUUCGAGAAAGAGGUGGAGAAAGAAAGGCUGAAGCUGAAGCCAAACGAAUUCUUGAAUUUGGACGCUAUUUUAGAAGGCGUGAUGAUGGGCUUAGUGGUGAGACCGCUCAGAGAACACGUUUAUAGACUGUUUGUCGAGCAUUACGCGGCUACUGGUUCAUUGCAAACCCUCGCCGAGAGCAUCCAGCACGCCCAGGGGAAACACGUUCAGGAUCUCGGUGUUCGACCAAAGAUUAUACCCCCAUCGGAGUCGAGUUUAGAGCGGAUCCUCAAAUACAUUGAUCGUCUUCAAAAAGCGGAUUCGCCUCUAGACAAAUUGGAAAAUCUUCUAGCAGCCAUUUCAGCGAUUUUCAACUCCGUAAAGCACGCAAAUUCUGGCAGACACGUAACGCUGGGCGCAGACGAUCUUCUUCCCCUUCUAGUUUGGGUAUUGGUUCGUGGCAAGGUUGUGGACGCUGAGGUGGAAGCUGAGUACAUGUGGGGUUUGCUUCAUCCCUCUCUUCUCACUGGUGAAGGGGGAUAUUAUUUGACGACCUUGUCCAGCGCAGUUCACGUUUUGAAGACGUUCAAGUCCAGCCAGGGAACGAUGUCCACUUUAAAUGGUUGUGGAACACCAGACUGUUCAUCCGUACUACGAAUUUUAGUACCAGAUGAACUGCAUGGAUCCCUGAACACCAGAACGCUACCUGUACGACCAAAUAUGAACACCAGAGAGAUUUGUCGCAUUCUCGCACAUAAAAUCAGAUGCACCAAUCCUCAGGACUAUGGAUUGUUCAAAUUGGUCCAAGGGGAAGAAACCUUACUCGGCGACCACGAGUGUCCACAAGAGCUCUCUCACUGCCUUUUCGCUUACAAGCGGAUUGACGCAAAGAUAGCCUGGCCGAAAACCAGUUCUUAAUAGGCCUUGCGAAUAGAAGGCUACUUAGGGGAAACGAUAUCGAUUUCGUGGUGACAAGGCUAAUAAAUUUGAAGCACCUGUCUUUAUUGUUAUUAUUAGUUUCGUGCUAGCACCGUGUUUUUUUUCAAUUGUUUCAUUCUUUAUAUCUUUACACGUAUAUUUGAAUGGAGUAUCGAAUUUUUCUCAAUCUCGAGCAUAAAUCUUUUAAAAUGUAUACUGCCAGAUAUAGCUAACUUUCGACUGAUCACUGUAAAAGAAGAAGAAAUUGAAAGCGACCAAGGUUUAAUUUAAGAAAAAAAGGCGAUGAAUAACGUAGAUCUAUACUCUUAUUAUGUAUCCGAUAUUUAAAUUAUUGUAAUCGUCAUCAUUAUAUUGGUUAUUUCUUAAUAUUAAAAAGUACUGCCCAUUUAUAUAUAUGAUUAAUUUCAGAAAACAGAUAUUUUUAGCUGCGACGAUCCAAAGAUAUUCUAAAUUAUGUAGCUAGAGAGAGUGAUUAAAGUGCAAUCUAGUAGUGCAAUGUCUAGCUAGAAACGAUCUCAAAGAAUGAUUUUAUUGAAUGCAGCUGAAAAAUCCAAUCGAAAUGGCAGAAUGCGAUCGAAUGAACAAUAUUCAAUCGCAUUUAAUUUACUUGCAAGCAGGUGCUAGAGAAUCGAAUCGGGGAGCUUUAACUUCGCGCAAUUCGGUUCGUUUGUUAACACUGAAUACGAGAUCGAAUAAAUUUCCGCCAAACGACCGUUUCUCCUUCGUAAAAAUAUAAAAACGAAGAAAAAGAAUCGUGUAUUACUCAGUAUUCGAUAUUUUGCGAAACUCUACGAUAACGAAGUUACUAAUUAAGUCUCAUUAGUAAAAUAGGAUUCGAAUCGAAGGGGUUACCGAAAAUUUUUCACAUUAGAAAAGAAAAAAGACAAAAUUUUUAGUCUUUUACUUGGAAAAAAUAAAUUAUAAGUAUUCUUCCACUUCGAAACCUACUUUACAAGAGGAUAUUAUACGUUUUUUACGGGAUGAAAUCUCUAAAAUGGAACAACCAAAUGUCUCUCUCAUGUUUUUAAAUUUUAUUGCAAAUAAUAUUACGAAAUGAAGUUAUAGAUAUAGCUAUUAUUAUUUUAAUAUUUUAAUUUUUAAUUAUUUUUAUCCAAUAAUUUUUAUAUUUUAUAAUUUAAUUCUGUUUCCUAAUAUUUUAUUAUAAAUAAAUAAUUAUAAUAUAAAUAAUUUUUGAACAAUUUUAUCUUGAAUAAAUUAUUUAUAUAUAUAUAUGUAUAUCAAAAAAGAAAAAAAAGGGACAUCUGGAUGGUCUCUGUUAGGGAUGAUUCAAGCCUAAAGUAUAAUCGAAUAAAAAUUAUAGGGAAUCAUUUCCCCUCUUGAUACAAAUUUAUUAUUAGACUUAGAAGCACGGAAAGCUAGUUUAGACUCUAUUUUAAGUACUUUCUUGACGAGACGUUGGCGGAUUAUACAAGCAAUUUAUACUUUUAAGCGGACGUCGCAUAUUUAUUGGAAAAGUUGUACACAAUAUUUUACUAUCAUCAUUCAUCGGAUAUUUUCUUUUUUUUUUGUCGCGCGAGCGCGUGUCGCUUCUUCCUUUUUUCGAAAAUCUGCCAGGCUGAUUUGCUUACCUAAUAUUAUUAUUAUUAUUAUUAUUAUUAUUAUAAAAGGCUGUGGAACUAAUUAAUCUCACUUCAGAAAUGAGUAAUAAAAUAAUGACCAGAGUUCGAUUAUGUUUGUUUCCGGGGCUUGUAUGGGAGAUGAAGGGGAAGGGGGGAUAAGUCGUGGAGCAAAUAUUUUACUACUGAAACUCUCGUACAAAUCAGCCUUGCAAUUGUUAUUAUUAUCUUAAUAAGAAAAUAAGAAAAAAAAAAAAAAAACGAAAAAAAGGUGAAAAAUAACACGAUGUGUAGCCCUCGAUGAUACGUGUAAUGAUAAUAAUUAUUAGCGAUUUAUAAAUGUACAUUUCUCCUUUAUAUAUGUCGUACCUAAUUUAUUACGAAGCGAAUUUUUAAUACCCGUGUAAUGUCGUAAUUAAUAAUCCCCUUCAGCAUUGAACGUGCUUUUCGAUUUCCCCCGAAUUCAAUUGAUUACGAUUAAUCGUAACGUUAAUGCUUCUAAUAUGCUAGUCAAGCCGAUACAAAUCAGAAGUUCGUAAAAGAAUACCCUCUUCUUAUUCUCUAUUUUCUCUCUCUAUUUGUCCCCUUUCGUGAAUAAUCGUAAUAUCUCACGUGAUAGUUUCCAAGUUUU